AACGCGGAUGAAUGUAAACACAGUGUGGAGGUGAAGGUGUGCCUGUGAGUGUGUGUGGAGCGUGUUCCUGAGCCAGCUGCACCUCCUUCUGCCCUGUGUGCCUGGCCAUGGAGGCUGCGGGGGCCAGUGCGGGAAGAAAUACUAGAUACAUGAUGGAGGGUGUUGGCGCCAGAGUGAUCAGAGGCCCGGACUGGAAGUGGGGGAAGCAGGAUGGCGGCGAGGGCCACGUUGGCACUGUGCGCAAUUUUGAGUCCCCUGAAGAAGUAGUGGUGGUGUGGGACAAUGGCACUGCUGCUAACUACCGCUGUGCAGGCGCCUAUGACCUGCGGGUGCUGGACUCAGCCCCUACAGGAGUGAAGCAUGAGGGCACCAUGUGUGACACCUGUCGGCAGCAGCCUAUCUUUGGCAUCCGGUGGAAGUGUGCCGAGUGCAGCAACUAUGACCUGUGCUCGGUGUGCUACCACAGCGACAAGCACAAUCCCCGCCACCGCUUUUACCGCAUCACCACCAUUGGCUGUGAGAGAGUACUUUUGGAGCCACGACGGAAGAGCAAGAAGAUUGGUAUUCGGGGCAUCUUUCCCGGGGCGAGGGUGGUGCGGGGCGUAGACUGGCAGUGGGAGGACCAGGAUGGGGGCAACGGGCGACGGGGUAAGGUGUCUGAGAUCCAAGACUGGUCCGCUGCCUCGCCCCGCUCUGCAGCCUAUGUGAUAUGGGACAAUGGAGCCAAGAACCUGUACAGAGUGGGCUUUGAGGGCAUGGCUGAUCUGAAAGUGGUGAAUGAUGCCAAGGGAGGGACAGUGUACAGAGACCACCUACCCAUGCUGGGGGAGCAGAACCCGGGACGCUCUGGGCCUCACGGACUUGCCAUUGGAGACCAAGUAAGUGUGAAUGUGGACCUGGAGCUUGAGAUUGUCCAGUCACUGCAGCACGGCCAUGGGGGCUGGACAGACGGCAUGUUUGAGUGUCUGGGCACCACGGGCACUGUGGUGGGCAUUGACGAGGACCAUGACAUUGUGGUGGCAUAUCCCUCCGGCAACAGGUGGACGUUCAACCCUGCGGUGCUGACCAAGGUAGGCGGCGGCAUGAUGGUGAGCAAUGAGGCCAGCACCAGCCAGCAGUUCAGUGUGGGGGACUUAGUGCAGAUCUGUGCUGACCUGGAGCGAAUCAAGAUCCUGCAGCGUGGCCACGGGGAGUGGGCUGAGGCCAUGGUGCCGACGUUAGGGAAGAUUGGCCGUGUGCAGCAGAUCUACCACGACAACGAUCUAAAGGUGGAAGUGUGUGGCACCUCAUGGACCUACAACCCCGCUGCUGUCACCAAGGUGUCCUCCGAUGGGUCUGUGCCAGGGGCGGCAAGUGGGGAGAGAUUAAGUGCAUUAUUGAAGAAGAUAUUUGAAGCUCAUGUUUCUGGGGACCUGACGGAGGAACUGGUGAAGGCCGCUGCUACAGGGGAUGCUCAGAAGGUUGAUGAACUUCUGAAGAAGGGAGAUGUGGAUGUGAAUGGAGUGUUUGCUGGCCACACGGCACUGCAGGCAGCCAGUCAGAAUGGCCACCUGGAGGUGAUCCACAUCCUGCUCCGCAACAAUGCUCAUGUGGAGAAGGAGGACAAGGAUGGCGACCGUGCCAUUCACCACGCAGCGUAUGGUGAUGAGCCCGCCGUGGUGCAGCUGCUGGCAGAGGAUGGUGCUGAUCUCAAUGCCCGCAGCAAGAGGCGCCAAACACCUCUCCACGUGGCAGUGAACAAGGGCCAUGUGGGUGUGGUGAAGACCCUGCUGGAACUGGGUGGCCACCCAAGUCUCCAGGAUCAUGAGGGGGACACUCCCCUUCAUGAUGCUGUGUCAAAGAAGCGUGACGACAUCCUCACUCUACUCCUGGACCACGCAGCGGACAUCACCCUCACCAACAACAAUGGAUUCAACUCCCUUCACCAUGCAGCUCUCCGCGGCAAUCCAAGUGCCAUGAGGAUCCUACUGAGCAAGGUGCCCCGCUCGUGGAUGGUGGACGAGAAGAAGGACGACGGGUACACGGCGCUCCACCUAGCGGCACUCAACAACCACGUGGAGGUGGCGGAGCUUCUGGUUCAUCAAGGUCGAGCCAACAUGGACCUACAGAACGUGAACUUGCAGACGCCUCUUCAUCUGGCAGUGGAGAGGCACCACACCCAGAUUGUGAGGCUGCUGGUGCGGGAGGGCGCUAACCUGAACCUCGCGGACAAGGAUGGGGACACACCCUUGCACGAGGCGCUGCGUCACCACACCCUCUCACAGCUUCGCCAGCUCCAGGACAUGCAGGAUGUGGGCAAGUCUCCUCAGCUGCUGAUGGGUCUGGGGACGCAAGGGGUGGAUAAGAAGAGUCCCGCCUCCAUUGCCUGUUUGCUGGCUGCCCACGGUGCUGACCUCAACAUUAAGAAUAAGAAAGGACAGACACCCCUUGACCUGUGCCCAGAUCCUAACUUGUGCAAGGCCCUCACCAAGUGUUAUAAGGACAAGUCUGUAUCUGGGGACAUGGGAGCCCUUGAGGUGUGCCCUGAAGAGAGCCUGGAGGAGUGCAUGGUCUGCUCAGACACUAAGCGGGACACCCUGUUUGGUCCCUGCGGUCACAUUGCCACUUGCUCUAUAUGUUCUCCAAGAGUAAAGAAAUGUCUUAUGUGUAAAGAACCGGUCCAGUCCAGAACUAAGAUUGAAGAGUGUGUGGUGUGUUCAGACAAGCAAGCAACUGUGCUCUUCCAGCCAUGUGGCCACAUGUGUGCCUGUGACAACUGUGCUUCCCUCAUGAAGAAGUGUGUACAGUGUAGAGGUGUUAUUGAGAAGCAGAUUCCCUUCAUUGUGUGUUGCGGAGGUCAAGCUCCAGCUUCCAACCUGCCUGGGGUCAUUCAUACCAACAACAACAGCAACAGUGGUGGCAGCAGCAGCAGCAGUGGUGGGGCCAGUGCUGGUAAUAGUAGUGUAGCAGCUGGCGCUGGCACCAGUGCUUCCGGAAGCAACAACAAUACUACUGCAGGUCAUUUGGCAGUGUCUGGAUCAGGAACAGCUGGUGUAUCAGUGCCUGGCCCCACUGGCCCUCUCAUGAACAAUGGCUCCCGGGACAUGUCUUCUGCUGACCUCCAGAAGCUCCAGCAGCAGCUGCAUGACAUUAAGGAACAAACGAUGUGCCCAGUGUGUCUUGACCGUCUGAAGAACAUGAUAUUCCUCUGUGGUCACGGCACCUGCCAGAUGUGUGGGGACCGCAUGCACGAGUGUCCCAUCUGCCGCAAGCCUGUAGAAAAGAGGAUCUUAGUGUUCUGAGCCUGAAUACUGGUCUCGGCAAAGACUGAGACACAAUGACUAAGAUGCAGUGAAGAUCAUUCCAAAGAUCACACUCCAGAAUGCUUGAAACUUGUUCAGUGAUUUUUUAUGUCAUUGCAGAGAGUUUAGAAUCACUUGGUUUUAACAGUGUACUGCCUGCUGCCUGACAAUUAAAUGGAGUCUGGAGUCUUAUUUAAAUGGAGUCUGGAGUCUUAUUACUUCUUUAAAUAUAUAAGCAUGUGUAUAAGAAGUUAAUAAUUUAACCAUCUUGCUUUAUGGUGAAUUGUGGCUUGUGACGAAGUGUGCUACAGCUGUCUUCACAGCUAUUAUAUAUAUAUAUAUACCAGGCAGUUCCAAACAGAAGUAUUGGGAUGCAUUUUAUUUGCAAAGCUUUGACGUACUACAACUCAGCCACUUUCCUACAAAAAUGGGACAUUGUGCAGCUUUAUUCAUAAAUAUAGUAUAUAUAUAUAUAUGCCUGACUUUACUCAAUAAAUAGAUGCGAGAUAUAACUGCAGUUCAACAAACUGCAGUUCAAUAAGCUGUGUACACCAAGCCAGUUCAGAUUGUUCUUGUGAACUGGAGUCCAUACUUUUAACUGGUCAAUACUGAGGCUUCACUCCUGGAGAUGAAUUACAACUUUUUAUUAUUCAGUAUUAUUAAACUUGGUUGCUAAUGGCUGUUAUAUUUUUUUUCACAAUAACAGAUAACACACAUGCACACAGAUCCACAUCACAUAUAUUAGAACUAAUAUAAUUUCCAGAAGCUAUGAAUUCAUAUAUACAAAGUGAGAUGGUUCAUCUCUUUUGUGUGCAUGUGAAACGUGAAACAUUGAUUCUGUGAAGGAAUUGUGUGUACAUACAUGCCUUCCUUCCCAUGCAGUAAAUAGUUGAAUUUGAAUAUUACUAAGAAUGAAUCUCUUCUUAUCAUGAAAUUGAUGUUAUGCUUGUUCCUGCUAAAUAUUUUCAGAACAGGAAUUUUAAACAUGUCAGACAAUAUGUUUAAUAUUUGCAUCUAAAUAAACACCAUGGCAGUUGAAGUGUCAUGCAGUGUAAAAUAGAAAAAUGAGUCCUGCAAAAUAUAGACUAGAAAAUAUUUACAGUUCAGAGAUUCAUACUAUGAUUUAUGGCAACACCUUACCCUUGUUGCAUGUUUGAUGGUGAUGUGUGUGUAGCAGCAGCAUCGUGACUCGCUGCUAGAACAUGUGUCCAGCCUAGGAGACGCUGUAAUGCUUAUUGCAAUUUAAUACAAUUUGUCAUGCUGUUUAUAUCUUGUUUUGUAAAAUCCUUAAGACUUGUGUACAGUGUUAGUGCUUUUUUAACCAAAAAAUAUUGUUGUUGUGUGUGUGUGUGUGUGUGUGUGUGUGUGUGUGUGUGUGUGUGUGUGUGUGUGUGUGUGUGUGUGUGUGUGUGAAGACAUUUGUGUAUUAAAGUUAAGGACUGUAAUGUUACCUUCUUGUUAACUUUUAAACUGAUAAAAUGCUACUGCCCUUAAUUGUCUGCUGAUGUUUUAUCUCAGAUUGCACUUCAGGGAAAGAAAUUAUAGGCUACAGGAAAUGCAUGAUCUAAAUUUAAAUUCCAUGCCUGGAGAUUGUUACUAAAGCCAUUUGAUAUUUACAAAGCCUAGUUUUUAGUCAGUAAACAUGCUCUUAAUCUUCCAACUCACUUGGCAGGUUGUAUAUACAACAUUGUCAUGAAAGAGGUGUUGCCAACAAAAUAUUUACAUGGCAGGAGAAACUAUGUAAGAGUGUUGGAACCUUAUACUUAUAUAUAUUAGAUAUGUUUAAAGAAUUUGACCAAGUGGAUGACAACACUCACCACUAUUGCUUGAUCUCGCAUACCAGUGAUUUCAGCCAAGCCCUUCUUCUUGUGAUCAAAACCAUUCAGUUUGGAAUAACAAUGCUGCCAAACACACUUGCCUCAGUGGAGACCUACCAUUACAACAUCCUUGGCUGGAAGCACUUAGGGAUUCUUCUCUGCAUGAUUUACAUUUCUGCCACACCCUGAGAAUAAAGAGGCAUGAUAAAUAAACUGACAUUCACUGUAAUCUCUUCCCUCUCAACAGUCCAACACUCAGGAUGGUUAAGACACAGGUGCUCUAAAGAUAUCCUCUCCAAAACAUCCCUUUAUCCAAGCUGCACCUCAUUUUCAACCUUUCCAUUGAUUCCAUAUCUAUUUUCUCUAUACAGAGGCCUUCAUUCUUAUAUCCCUUUAAUUUCUACACUUGCACUUAAAUAAUCUAUUUCCAUCUCAGGAUAUUCAUGCUUCUCAUACAAUACCACACAUUACUCUCUACUUUUCUACUCCAGUUAUCUAGUUAACUCAUAAAAUUCAAUAGUAGCUACUGUUACAGCCUUACAGUCUUCCUGUAUCUAAAGUUAUCUUUAAGAAGUUCUUGUAGGAUUGACUGUAUAUUUACAAUUUUUCAGCACCAAAGACAACACCAAUUAUAACACUAGCGCAUACAUCUUAUUUACAUACAAGGGCAUGAGCAAAUUAAAAUGGACUCUAUUUAAUCAUUUGUCUUUGUUCUUGCUUCUACAAAAAAAAUUCUAAAUAAAUUUAUUAAUUACCAUCAGAUGGGUAGCAAUAAUAAAAGUAUGCACAGGUUUGACUAGUGUUCCAAGUUUGUGGUAUACACAACUAUACCAACAAUUUGCAAGCAUUCUGUGGCAGCCUAAUAAUGCCAUGGUAAAACACUGCACUACUGCAGCAUUAAAUCAUUAAACUUAACAUGCAAAACUUAGAAUACCACUGAUGAAAGCAUAACAAUCUUUCAUUGUAGCUUGUCUCAUCACAUAAUGCAAACAAAAUUUGCAGGAAGCUUAUAAGGAGCACAUUCCCUUCCUACUAAUCCCACUAGGCAGUUGAGGCAUCAGUGCAACAGACAACAAGCAUGUCUAUUACUCUACUUCCACUAACCAAUUAAGAUUAAAUUUUUCUUCCAUACCCAACUAUUACCUGAAUCAAGCUGUAUAUAGAACAAAUGCUUUACAUGAGCUCAUAUAUAUUAGUAUCUUAAUCAUAAUAAUGUUAGGAUGACAACACAAGCCAGAAGGCUGACCUGCAACACACUGAACGAGGCUUUCUGUAUGUUUGCAAGACAUACCAUACACUAUCAUAUAAAACAUUAAUCAUACACCUCCUUUGGUUGAUAAUUAAAAUGGCAUGUAGAUUACUUUUAAGAUACAGCCAAAAAAAAUCACGACAAUGAACUACCUUAGGAUGACAUCUACCAUAUGCUUUUUAUAAGAUGUUAUUUGUAUAUAUUAUAUGUCAGUCAACUAGGGUUUGGUUGCAACAACUUUAGAAUCUGGCGAGCUCAAAUCCCAGAAGAUAGAAAAUCUUGUUUUUCAUGAUGAAACAAGGGAUGCAACUAAACCUCAAUUUGGCAGUGAUGUUAUUUUGUAAGAUACACAAGUGAUAUCUGGGAGCAACCUAUCCCCUCCGAUUCCUUGCUUGUGUGUGUUGUGUACAGGGAAACACAAUGGGAAAUCAAAAUGUUUCAUGCAGCUGAGUAUAUAUAUGAUUGUUUUAUUUUAUUCUAUUUCAUUUAUUUAUUUCUAUUUUCAUUUUAUUUAUUUGUAUAUAUAUAUAUAUAUAUAUAUAUAUAUAUAUAUAUAUAUAUAUAUAUAUAUAUAUAUAUAUAUAUAUAUACACACACACACACAUUUUAUUUAUUUAUUUUUUUUUUUUUUUACCAUUCUUAAAAUGUGUCUCUUCCAAAUUCCUUUAAAUUUGUUACUCCAAUACAAAAAUACUACUAUUUUAAAUCUGCUGCCUAUUUCAGAUUGAUGCAUUUCAUUUGACAUUGUCACAUGUCAGUAUUUAACAUGUGUAUACAUUUUCCUUCUGAUCAGACAUUUACAUUAAGCCUUUUAAGGAAAGAAGACAACAAAACUAUGGCUCUGUACUGUGCCACUUUUGGCAUAAUUAAAUUGAUUUUUCACCUUUGAUGUUAUUAAAUUGUGCAGUCAAAUAAAAACAAGCCACAAGUGCUAAGAAAUGGCAAA